CUCAAGUGUCAUUUGACAAGUGUAAUCAGUCUGAAGGAUUUGUAUGUUCAAAGAUAAGCUCUCAACCCUAAUAGGCUAAUAUCAUUCUCUCGUUGCAUCGGCGCAUCGUACGCGACUCUCCGGAUGUGGUGAUUUCAUCUUCUUCUUCCUCACUCAUUUCUUGAUUUCUUGCGUUUAUUCUCGAUUAUGAUGAUUUGUUUGCGUUAUAUUUCUAGGGUUUGCGAGAGGAUCCAAUGGAGUCAAGGAUAGAGAGAAGUAUUUGCGUCGAACCGCUAGCAGGAUUCUCAAAUGCAAGAGAGGAUCUGAUAAGCAAAUUACCCGAGGUUUUAAUAUCUCAGAUACUCUCGUAUCUUCCGACAAAGGAUAUUGUCAGGACUAGUGUUUUGUCCAAGAGGUGGAAAAGUAUCUGGCUUUUGAUUCCGGGGUUGCAUUUGGACUCUUGUGAGUUCCCAGAUUACAAUACAUUUGUGGAUUUUAUGAACGACUUCCUAUUUUCCUCUAGGGAACCGAAGUCAUGCUUGAACAAGCUCAAGCUAAGUAUUCAGAAGGAUGAGACUGAUCCGUCUUGUGUCACGCUAUGGACAGACUUUGUGGCUAGGGGUAAACUUACGCAUCUUGAUGUUGAGUUUGGUGGUCGUUUACUGAUGCGUGUGUAUUGGGAACUGAUGCCCCUAAGCCUCUAUACCUGUAAGACGCUCCUUCACUUAAGACUGUAUCGGGUAUUGUUGCGUAAGUUUGAUCCUCGCGUUGAUUCUUUACCUCGUCUCAAAACUUUGUGUUUAGAAGAAAAUGUAUAUCCUAAUGAGGCGAGUCUGGAGUCGCUUAUCUCGUCUUGCCCCGUUCUCGAAGAUUUGACCAUUGUUAGGGCAGAUGAUAAUGUUAGGGUUUUACGAGUGCAUUCUCAGUCAAUAACCAGUCUUAUUAGUGUAGGAUAUAAAUCAUAUAGAUCUGAUGAGAUUUUUAAUCGUUAUGAUAGAGAUAGAGAGAACAACUCGGGGCUUGUGGUUGAUGCCCCUAGACUCAAGUAUUUGACUUUCAACAAUGAAAAAUCCAAAAGUAAAACCAUAAGCAAUUUGGGUUCCUUAGUUAAGGUCAAUAUUCUAGGCCCCUUUAAUAUUUCAAGUGUAGUUGGCUGUUCGAAGGAACAAAUGGCCCAUAACUUUCUCGCGGGUAUCUCGACAGUUAGGUAUCUCAUCGUCUCUGAGGAUAUGAUGGAGUUAAUCUAUUCCUACUUGAAAGUGGAUUCAUUGCCACAGUUUUGCAACUUGUCCUGUUUGAAAGCAAGUGUUUGGUUAUCAUCCUUUGACUUCCUGGACAUCCUGCCAAAGCUUCUUGAAAGCUGUCCGAAUCUCAAAUUUAUCGUCUUGGAUACAACUUGUAUAGUUAAUCGAACGAAAGCAAUGGUAGAAAGGAGAGUCUCGCCUGUGCCUAAGUGUUUGUUGUCAUCGCUGGAGUUUGUAGAGAUAAAAAACAGAAUCUCCGUAGAUGAUGGUGCAUUGGAGGUUGCAAGGUACUUUGUAGAGAACUCUAUGAAUCUCAAGAAACUUGUUCUGGGUUUGGCAUCUUCCUUUCUAAGACUAAGACUAGCAAAUCGGGCUGUCUUAAAGGAUCUCCUUGCAUUGCCGAGGCGAUCUAGCAUGUGUCAAAUCGAAGUUUUUAAUGCGCUAAACGGCCGUGCUCUUUGUUAUCGAAAAAACAAAAAAACCGGCCGUGUGGUAGAAUAUUUUGAUGUUGUUGAAUUCUAUUAUGAUGCCAUUGUGAGUUAAAGUGGCAGCGUACUUUGUAGAGAACUCGGUAGUUCUCAAGAAACUUGUUGUGCAUUUGAGUGACUCUUAGAAAGACUUUUAGGUGGGGCUAUCUAUCUAUGAUCAGACCGAGACUAGCAUUCCUAGAUAUUGGACUUGGAUUUUUAUUUUGUUGAAUUUUGUUAUGAUGUCUUUGUAUCUAUAUACUUUGGACAAA